AUGUGUAUUGGUGGGGACUUCAAUGUCAUUCUUCAUCUAGAAGAAGAGCUUGGAGGAUUACCCCACAGAAACUCUAGAAGCCUUGAUUUUGCAGAAUGUAUCGAUUCAUGUGGUAUGUUAGAUGUUGGUUUCAAUGGAUCUAGAUAUACUUGGUGCAACAAUUGGAGACCAAACAAGAGGAUUUGGAUGAGGCUAGACAGAGUGUUUAUUAAUGAUGAUUGGGCCACCAAGUAUGCUAACAACUCUGUCAGGCAUUUAGCUAGAAUUGGCCCUGAUCACAGAUCAUUACUUUUUAAGUGUGAAAAUGGACAAGUAUGUGGUCCUAAGUACUUUAAAUUCCUAGAUUUUUGGACUACUCAAAAUUAUUUCCUUGAGGUUGUUAGAAUGGACUGGAGCAAAAAUAUUACUGAGAACCCUAUGUGGAUUCUUCAAAAUAAGCUUAAAAGUGUGGCUAAAAGACUUUCUGCAUGGUCAAGGGAAGAAAUUAGUGAUGCCAAGAUUAAAUGGUUUGAAGAAGGAGACACCAAUAGCAAAUAUUUCCACUUUGUUAUAAGGGACAGAAAAAGGAGACUUGAGAUCAAUAGAAUUAAGAACAAGAACGGCAAAUGGAUUUCUGGUGACUCAACAAUUGCUAAGGCUGCUAUAAAUCACUUUGAGCAUAUGUUUAAUCUCAAGGCUAGAAAUCUUGAUCCUAGAAUCCUUGAUUGUAUUCCAACCUACAUAAGCCAAGAGGAUAGUGAUUUGAUCUGCAGUUGCACUCAAGAAGCUGAAAUCAAAUCUACUAUUUUUUAUAUGAGUUCUGAUAGUGCUGCUGGACCAGAUGGGUUCUCAGUGUUGAGACUUGAGAUUAGGGGUGGGCGUUCGGUUGUUCAGUUCGGUUUUUUCAAAGUUCAGUUCGAUAUUUCGAUUUCGCAGCCACCACCAGCAGCAGCAGCCCGCAACGGCAGCCAGCAACCAGCAGCUGCGGCAGCCAGCACCAGCACCAGCACGCAGCCGCCAGCAGCAGAUUAUAUCUGUGACGAUAGGAGUGGACUGAGACGAUAUCUGUUGUGA